AUGGAUAUUCAAAAUUCUUUAAAUAAACAAAAAAAUAAACAAUUAAUAACCCCCACAAAAUGCUGUGUUUGUGGGUAUUUAGCUAGUGGUUAUUCUUAUUAUAAUGUUGUUUGUUGUGAUGGUUGUAAGCACUUUUUUCGUCGAUGUAUAACUUUAAUAGAAAAUAAAUUGUUUAAAUGCAAAAAUGAUGGAAAUUGUGAAAUUGAAAAUGUUCCAAAUAAAUGCAAAAGUUGCCGUUUUGAUAAAUGUUUAUUAAUGGGAAUGAAUAUACAAACAAUGAGAGGAGACCGAUCAAACUCUUUAUGGGAAAUAAAAGCAAAAAUUGAACAGAGAAUUAGAGAACUUGCAAAUAAUGGAAAAUAUAUUUUGAGAAAAAUGGGAGAAAAUGAUGAAAGUUUUGUUGAUUUGAAAGAACAGUUAAACGCAGUUAAUGAUUAUCAUCAAAUUAUUGAAUACCUCUUAAUUAUUGAGAAAAAUGCUAGUCGAAUUAGAAAUUCCCCAACAAAUGUUCCUGAAUGGAAUUUUUUAUGUUCUUGUAAAUCUUUAGAAACAUUGCUUGCUCGAAAGGAAAAUAUACUUACUCAAAGUGUAGAAUAUUUGGAAAAAGAACAAAAGGCAGAACAAUCUUUAAUUGACUUUUUACAUAAAUAUGGGCAUUUUCAUAUGCGCCCUCCUACUCUUACAGAAGAUUUGCUUUUAAUUGUUGAAAUUGCAAAAAGUCUUCCUUUCUUUCCAAAAUUGGAUUUAAAUGAUAAUGUAAAUUUAAAAGAAUAUUUCGGAGCACCUCAGUUCAAUCUGGAUCAGUUCGUCUGGAGCUUAUAA